AUGACAGCAACCGGUGGCCGUCGACGAUCAUCGUCAUGUACUAUGCUGACAGCAUCAUCGAUUCACAAGGCCAGCAACAACACCGGGUUCGAUGUCCAUACCCUCUACAAGAUAAAACGCAGCCGAUCCACCCGCAAACUCAACAACUUCUUCGGCGAGCAAACACCCGAUGAUAUCUGCAUAUCCGAGAUUCGUCGUGAAGGUUUAAAGGCACUGCUGCAAUCCAAAAUACCUGUGUGUUAUUUUCUGUACCAUUUGCUGCAGGAAAUCAGCAGUGAAAACUUGUUUUUCUUCACUGAACUCGAACAAUACGAAUCGUUCACCUAUCUCAACAGCGUCCAGCAACUCGCUACGGCACAGCAUAUCUAUGAAACUUACCUAAGCCCCAACAGCCAUUUCGAAGUCAACAUUGACGAGCGGAUACGACGCAGCGUGUCUGCAGCUUUGCACCAAAAACAAGUACACAGCUGCUUUGAUCCGGCCAAAGCGGCUGUUUAUGCUCUUCUGGAGUCGAGCUUUAUGCGGUUUGUCGACUCACACAUUUGGCAAGAAAUGGUAGCACAAUGCGGCGGUGAACACAACUCGUUCUUUUUUGACGACGCCACACGCGAAGCUGCUGUGAAUACCUUACUGCGUUUCAUAGAACAACAGCAUGCCAUGUUAUACACCAACCCACAUACGGAUGCACCGUUGUCCAUGUGUAUGAAGACGGCCAAGAAACGACAUGAGCUGACUAAAUCUAUGGUGCACGAAUUUUGUCGGACCGUGGUGGGCGUCGAGUUUACCUACUACAACGUGUGGGAUCGUGAUAGUGGUGAAGAUAUGACCGACGACGACGAAGAUAUCGACCUCAAGUACAUGUCCCCUUCGCAGUACAGCUCUACGUUCUCGCUGUCGUCCAUAGCUUCGAACAGUGUCAUGAGUCGCGCACCCUCAACUGUGCAGAUUGCUCCGUCGUCCUCAAGUUCAUCGUCAUCGCGUCCCGGCGCUAAUUUUAUUCAGGCUUUGAAACGACCCCGGCAGAUGGUGGAAGCGUUCGAGUUUUUUGCUAGAAAGAAAAAAUGA